UGUUCGUUUGCCCCUAUACACAUCUCUGAAUCCAACAUCUUUAUCCAGCACCUCCCAUGUUCUAUGUCAUUGGUCUCGGUCUCUCUGAUGAGAAGGAUAUUACCGUCAAGGGCCUCGAGGCCGUAAAAAACUCUGCACGAGUCUAUCUGGAGUCGUACACUUCCAUCUUGAUGGUCGAGAAGGAAAAACUUGAAGCGUUCUAUGAGCGACCGGUCAUCACUGCCACGAGGGAGAUGGUUGAGCUCGAGGCGGACGAUAUUUUGAAAGAUGCGGACAAGGUGGAUAUCUCGUUCUUGGUCGUUGGUGAUCCUCUCGGAGCUACCACCCACAGCGACCUCCUUCUCCGUGCCCAGUCGCGCAACAUCCCUACUUCCAUCAUCCACAACGCCUCCAUCCUCACCGCCCUCGGUUCUACCGGUCUGCAAAUGUACUCCUUCGGCCAAACGCUUUCUUUACCAUUCUACACUGAAACAUGGAGGCCGGAUAGUUGGUACCCCCGAUUGGAAGAGAAUUUGAGGUUGGGCGUCCAUACUUUGGUGUUGUUGGAUAUCAAGGUUAGGGAGCAGAGUGAGGAGAAUAUGGCGAGGGGCCGUUUGAUUUACGAGCCUCCGAGGUUCAUGAACCCAGCCCAGGCGUUCAACCAAAUGCUGCUUACCGAAUCCAUUCGCCAUCCCGCUCCCAGACAUCCAUCCCAAUCCCAAUCCACCGACCAAACCCAAAAACCCUCCCAACUUCCCUCCUCUUCCCACUCUGAUUCCGAAGAAGAAGAAGAAGAAGCAGAACGCGUAGAUCCUUAUCCCAGCUUGAUGCCCCCAUCUCAAACCCUCGCCAUCUCUCUCUCCCGCGUCGGCACCCCUUCCCAACGCCUCAUCUCUGGUACACUCUCUGAACUCGCGGCUCUGGAUGAAGAAGAAUUUGGAGGGCCCUUACAUUCAGUGGUGAUUGUGGGUAAGAGGCUGCACCCGUUAGAGUUGGAGUAUGCGGGCAAGUUUGCGGUAGGUGGGGAGCAAGGGGACUGGUGGAAGGUUGGGAAAGAGGUCUAUGGUGUAGAGAGGGAGACUUUUUACUAAGAAAACUCCUGGACGGAGCCGUCUGGGAAAUUGAAUGGAUCUUAUUUAGACUGCCUAUAUGCUCCAUAGUCCAGGAUAUGCAUAUGCCAGUUUGCCAAC